AUGUCUGAAAAGGCAACGUAUCAGGAGGACCAUGCGAUCCACAAAGGCGUAUCCGAAUCGACGGUUUACCAUGAGACUCCCCUUUCCAACGGGACACUAGAAGACGGUGUGAAGCGAGACUUGAAGACUCGCCAUAUCUCCAUGAUUUCCAUCGGUGGUACCAUUGGGACCGGUCUGUUCGUCGCUUCCGCAGGGAAUAUCGCAAAUGCUGGCCCACUAGGAGCACUGCUUGCGUACCUCUUCAUGGGAUUUACCGUAUACUGCAUCAUGACCUGCCUCGGUGAAAUGGCCACUCUGAUCCCCGUAUCUGGAUCCUUCAACCAUUACGGUGGAAGGUUUAUCGACCCGGCUCUUGGAUUUGCUCUUGGCUGGAAUUACUGGAUUAGUUGGGGAACCGCACUCGCCACCGAGUUGGUUGCCUUUGCUGUGGUCAUCGACUACUGGGGUGACACAAUUCCCCAUUGGGCAUGGGCUCUCAUUGUCCUGGGCGCUAUCAUCGCCUUGAACCUGGUUGGCGGGAAGGGAUACGGUGAAAGCGAAUACUGGUUGUCGAUCAUCAAGAUUAUUGUCGUCAUCAUCUUCAUCAUCGUCGGCAUCUUGGUCGCGUCAGGCGCCGUUGGAGGCCACACCUACGGUUUCGAGAAUUGGGGAGAAGAUAGGGCCAUCAACGUCGCUGGCGCUUACAAUAACGGUUUCGUCAACUGGUUCGCCACCCUCAUUACCGUUGGCUUCGCUUAUAUGGGCACAGAGCUGGUUGGUAUCGCCGCCGGUGAAAGUCGCAACCCCCGCAAGGCCGUUCCCAAAGCCAUUCGCAAUGUCUUCUGGCGUAUUCUCGUCUUCUUCCUCGGAUCCGUCUUCUUCAUGGGGCUUAUCAUUCGUUCUGACGACCCGAGCCUCGUGGAGUCCGAAUCCGGUGCAAGGGCUGUGGUCACUGCCCCAUUCACCACCGUGUUUCAGAAGGCGAACAUCGGGCCAGCAGCCGAUAUCAUCAACGCCGUUCUGUUGACCGUCCUGUUUUCCGCUGCCAAUUCAGCUCUUUACUCCGGAUCUCGUAUCCUCAUGGCCUUGGCUCGCGAAGGCAAAGCUCCCGCCUUCGUUGGCCGCACCAACGGUCGUGGUGUCCCAAUUUACGCGCUUGCCGCCACCUCCUUGUUCGGAUUCGCCAUCGCCUUGGUGCAAGUCUUCUCCCCAGACGGCGUUUUCCCAUGGAUUCUGGGCGUUUCUUCCAUUUCCGGUUUCAUUUCCUGGGCCGCCAUCGGUUUCACCCACAUUCGUUUCCGCCAGGCUUACAUUGCGCAAGGUCGCGACAUCAAGGCGCUUCCUUACAAGGCCAUCGCUUACCCUUUCACGGCAUGGUGGGGUGGUAUCAUGUGUACCAUCAUUAUCAUCUUCUCCGGAUUCUCAUCCUUCACUCCUGAGUGGAACGUGUCGAUGUUCCUCCAGACGUACAUUUGCGUCUUCAUCUUCAUCCUGACCUUCGUUGGAUACAAGAUCGUCAAGCGCACGAGGAUCAUUCCCUUGAUGGAAGUUGACCUUGACACCGGUGUCAGGUGGGCCGACAUCAAGGAAGAGCAGGACGAGGCGGCCCGCACACGGUCGACAAAUAUUUUUGUCCGCGCUAUUCAGUGCAUCUGCGGAUAA